AACUCGGCCUUUUUGUGCCAUCACGACUCCAACUCCCGUCCAUACGGCAUGUCGUAAAACCAAUACGGCAUUUGUUGAGCAAUAGGAGCAAUUCUUGAUGUUGACUUUUUGGUCUGCUGUAACACCACACGCCUUCUGUCAAUCUACCAAAUAAGCGAUGCUGGUCACCGUUUUCUGCGCACCGAGGGAUCGCCCAGAAAGCACAUUUGCCCUCGAUGUGUCCCCGGAAUUGGAGCUGAGAGACUUUGUAGCACUUUGUGAACUCGAAUCAGGAAUCCCUGCUGGGGAAAUUCAGAUUACCUAUGUAGAACAGCCCCUAAAAGACCCGACUCGUGCCUUGGGGACCUACGGCGUGAAAGAUGGAGAUGUUGUGGUUCUAAGACAAGCGAACAGACCACCGCCAACUCAGCCGGCCUUUCCAGGUUUGCCCCGUAUCGACUUUAGCUCCAUCACAGUCCCUGGCACCUCUUCUUCCACGGCUCCUCGUAGUACUGUCAUCCCACCGCAGCAGAUUCCACAGCAGAGGCAACAACAACAACAGCCGCAGCUGUCACCGCUGCAACAACAACAACAACAACACCAACAACAACAGCAGCAACCACAGAAUUGCGCACAAACCUCCGCACCAACGACCAGUCGUGGCUCCACUUCUCCUCAGGGGCUGGAUGACCCUGCCUUACUUCAGCAAAUGCUCCUUUCCAAUCCACACGAGCUGUCUCUCCUGAAAGAGCGAAACCCGCCCCUGGCCGAGGCUCUGCUGAGCGGAGAUUUAGAGCGCUUCACCAAAGUGUUGCUGGAGCAACAGCAGGACCGAGCGAAGCGUGAGCAGGAGCGAAUCCGACUGCUGACCGCAGAUCCUUUCGAUUUGGAUGCGCAGGCGAAAAUCGAGGAGGAUAUCAGGCAGCACAACGUAGAAGAAAAUAUGACCAUUGCCAUGGAGGAGGCCCCAGAAAGCUUUGGGCAGGUGGUUAUGCUCUACAUUAACUGCAAAGUCAACGGGCACCCAGUAAAAGCUUUUGUUGACUCAGGCGCUCAGAUGACCAUAAUGAGCCAAGCGUGUGCCGAGCGUUGCAACAUCAUGCGCCUGGUGGAUCGCCGCUGGGCAGGGAUUGCCAAGGGAGUGGGCACGCAGAAGAUCAUCGGCAGAGUUCAUUUGGCUCAGGUCCAGAUUGAAGGAGAUUUUCUUCCCUGUUCUUUCUCCAUCUUGGAGGACCAGCCCAUGGAUAUGCUCCUUGGCCUGGACAUGCUGAAGAGACACCAGUGUUCAAUCGACUUGAAGAGAAACGUGCUUCUCAUUGGCACGACAGGCACGGAGACUCGCUUCCUGUCUGAGGCUGAGCUGCCUGAAUGCGCCCGGCUGGCAUACGGGCCCGAGGGACGCGAAGAGAGUCGUCCGGAAGAGAUAGCGGACAGAGAGCUUGCUGAAGCGCUUCAGAGGUCCAUACAAGAAAGCGACACUGCAGAUGGACAGACUACCUCACCACAGCCACAGUCAUCGUCACUUCCCACAAUCUCAGACCAAAUGUCCUCAUCAACCACUCAUCCCUCCAUUAGACCUUCCCCGGGCCAGCAGAACCAAACCUUGGAUUUGCCACAGUCUUCCGUGGUCCCUCUUGAUAAGAUCUUAGAGCCAGGACAGUGCCAGGACCAAGACAGCCGCCAGGAGGGUGAUGGUUCUACGCCACAGCAGGUCCCCAGUAACAGUGUCACAGUUGGACCCAGUCAAUCAGCAGAAGCUCUUCAGUGUCCAGAUGGUGGUCCUGUCCCUGGAGAAUCUACCAAGGUAGAGGACAACUCCCUCCAUGCAGAGCAGGUGCCCAUGGAGCAGGAGGUGACUGGGCCCAGCCCUUCUAAAACGCCAGAAACAUGUCCAACUGAUCCCAACCAAUCCGUAGAAAUGGAACCCCCCUACAGUGUGAGUAGCUCUUGUAGGGAACAGCCUGAGGGCGAGCGCUGCUCCAGCGCUGACAGCAUCCCCUCCUUGGCCGCGGCCCUCAUGGAGCUCCACGAACUGCUGCUCUCCAACACCACCCCCCAGCUGCCGACACAUCUGGAGGACCUGCAGAAAGUGACGCCCGAAGCAGUAGCAAGCGAUGCUAAAGCCAAACCCGCUACUGCUGCAUGUGAAGGACCUUCAGGGUGUCUUGUGUGGGAUGGAGAAGGAGCAGACUCUGUUGAGGGACCCCUGGAGCCUCCAGAAGGCUGCGCGGGCCAAGAUGAAGCCAGUCAUAUCAGCAUUUGUCAUCCUGAGUCGAUGAGUCCUCCCGAUUCUGAUGGGGACUUCAGGAAACCCCCUGAGGGGCAGCAGGGGAGCGAGGCUGCAGAAGGAGGAGCCUCUGACUCCCAUCUCAGCCCUCAGGUCUCCAGCACCUCCUCAUGCUCCUCCGCUGCUGCAACCCCUCUCGCUCAGCCCGCACCUUCAGCUCCCUUUAGAGAACAAUUUCCAAUGGAACACAUCCAGAGAAUCCAGGCUGCAGGUUUUUCUGCCCACGAUGCUGCAGAGGCUCUGGAGCGUGCACACGGGAUCGUAGAGCUGGCACUGCUGGCGCUCCUGGCCCGCAGCAUCACCGUGCCCACCUAGACUCCGAGCCGCUAACGUCUGUCUCAUUUGAACUUUGGUUCUAAUCCAGAUGUCUCGUCCCUCCACAACAGGAAGAUGCUGUCUCAAGUACUGAUACUACUUUACUUGACUUUUGCAUGUUGAUGAGCACCCAACUCAGUGGUUUGAAGGUCUUUUCUACUAUAAAUCGCAUUGUUUUUUUUCUACAUUGUUCAAUCCUGAACAUGUCAGUUAUUGUUCCAAGCAUUAAAUAUAUAAUACCCUUUCCUUAAAUAUGUAGUGUCCGUAUCAAUAAAUUCUCUUGAUAAAACAGAGAAUUGUACUUUCUGCUCUCCUCAAUAAUCAAAGAUAUCAUUACAUGGUCAUCUAUACAUUACAAAUAUAAGCACAUUUACAAUUUAAUUUUUGAAGGUUAUAUAUUGGACGUGUACGUCCAAUCUUCAGGACUGGGUGCUCAUUUCGUUUUCAUUUAGUCGGUGAGAAAAUGACAUCACUUUAUUUGAUUUGUCUUGCAAUAUACUUUUAAUCUUGUAUCAGAUAUGAAAGAGCAAAUAAAGCUUAAUUAGUAUUUGUA